CGCACUUUAUCCGUCUCUUGCCUCUUCAUACUUUGCUCAGAUGUUUCAGAGGCUCUCUUGCGAGUUUUACGCACUUUAUUCGUCUCUUGCCUGCUCAAAGUUUGCUCAGGUGUUUCAGAGGCUCUCACAUUCGCUUUUUGCAUUCUACUGUGCUUCAUUGCUUGAGAUAUAUUGCCAGAUUGCGCUUUACGCUUAGAUGGGAAGGCAUGGCCGCAUCCACAAAC